UUAAUUGGCCUUGGUUACCUCACAUAAGGAACAGAUAUAAAGCAGUUACCGACGCACGGCAGAGUCGGCCAUUUUGUCAACUUCCAGGAGAUUUGAUGUUCCAAAAUGGCCGCUUUUGUUAUGAACCAGAGGAGUAAGGGUCUUCAAUAAAAUGGUCUUCAUCCGGUCCCUGUUAUUAACCCAUAACAAACGUGUCCUAAUCUUGUGUGUUGCUUUUUUUCCGUGGCAGCUGAAGCUCCUAAUCGGUUCCCCCUCCCCCUCAAAGUUCAACCUCUUAACCGUAGCUCAGAAACAGCCGCCAUCUUGAGGAUAAAAUAGCGCCCUGCAAUUUAAUGGGAUUUCCCUUCUACUCAUAACGCAUGAAUUCUUUCCAGUUGCUGUGGGGUGUGAUGAUGAUGAUGAUGAUGACGACGCAGAGUGUGUGCCCACUUAUUGUAUGAUUGCCCAUGGCGUGCUAACCCUCUUGUUGGUUGCUAUAGGUUACGACACCACUCUCCAGCGUCAGUAAUGCUGCCAUUUAUUGGUUGUCAGAGCUCUAAUCUGGUUUUGUAUCUUCAGUCUGCAGUUCCUGCACCGAACUUCGCUAUGCCCGUUACUGUACCGGUGACCAAUCAGAACGCACUGCAGUUCAGCAACCCCGGGGGGUCAUUGGUCACACAGUCUCUGAUGACGGCCUCGCUCACGGACCCCCGGCUCCUGUCACCGCAGCCACCGACCCUGCAGAGAAACACAGUGUCUCCGGGGCUACCUCAGAGGCCAGCCAGCGCAGGAGCGAUGCUCAGGGGAGACCUUAACAAUUCUAAUGGAACCUGUCCAAGCCCUGUAGGCAAUGGCUACAUCAGUGCGCGAGCCUCUACGGGCCUCAUAACGGUAUCGAACAGGAACACCCUGGGUAAAGUCAUCCCAGCCAAAUCCCCUCCGCCUCCAUCCCAGAACAAUCAGCUCGGAGCCAACAGCCGCAAACCAGACCUGCGCGUUAUCACCUCACAAGGCGGCAAGGGGUUAAUGCAUCACUUGGCGGAGGAUCUGGAAAUGCAGAACACACACCAUGCUCACUCCUUGACCACGCCGGUCGUAUCGGUGGCGACACCCAGUUUACUGUCACAUCAUGGACUGCCGUUCUCUGCCAUGUCCACAGCCUACAACACAGACUACCAGCUGACCAGUGCAGACUUGGCAUCGCUCUCCACGUUCAGCUCUCCAGGAACCUUGUCAUUAGGCAACAUGUCCACCUGGCAUCAACAACAGCACCACCAAGCGCAUCAGAUGGUUCCCGUGUCACUAAGUAACCUGAUAUCCAGUGGACAGCUUCCACACACCGCCACGCUGACAGUCAACACCAACCCAAACAUAAGCAUCAAAAAAGAACCUCUAUCUCCCAACCGGGAACGGAGCACCGGCACCCCAUUGACGUCCUACCCCCACCAGGCGAGGCACGAAGCCACCGGCCGCUCUCCCGUCGACAGCCUGAGCAGCAACGCAAGUUCUUUCGAAGGCAACGACCGAGAGGAUGCAAGGGUCGACUACACCUCUUCGCUUGGGCUGCUGCGACCUUCGAGCGACGUGGAAGGCGAGAGCCCGUCUGUAAAACGCAUGCGGCUCGACGCAUGGGUAACAUAACUGCUCCAGAAACCAAACCCACCCGCCCACCUCGUCCUCACGCUUGCGAGCCACAGGAUGAGGUGCCGAUUGGGAUGGGGUGGGCAGACAGGAGCAGGUCACCAGUGAGGUUUAAUGCUGUAAGGUGGAAACCUAUCAUUAACUGCCUGAGAUAUAGCUUUAGUAUUUGGUAGGUAUUCUUCCUAGUCCAGUGCGUCAGGCAAUGUCUGCAGAGGACAUGGGACUCCAUGGCUGCACUAAGAACCUAAGCCGAGUACGACUCCAGCCCUCCAAAGCCAACUGCUUACCUUGUCGUCUUGUUGACCACAGCUGCUACAGUCAAUCUCGCCACUGCCCUCCAUCCUCACCGAUAUACCCUGCUCACCGCCUCACCCUGCUCUGCUUAUCUGAAGACAUCCAUCGUUGGGCUGCUCGCUACCGGGCCAGCUUUCAUUAUCUAUUACCGGGUUGCUUGAAAGGGAAGCUGCAGACUCUGUUUUUUUUUUUUUUCCGCCAUUCAUGAAACGGUUAAGUCCAAAGUGGCCUCCCUGGCCGAGCAGCGCUCAUUGACAAACUGGAAAUUGAAUUCCUAGCUGCUUGACGGACCUUAGUUGGGUUUUUUGCUUGUUUCAAGUUAACGAACCGGCAUCUUAUCGGGUUGCACACCAUGGAGAGCCACCUUCCCCUCCCAUCCUCCACCCGUCAUGGAAGCUCCUUCCAGUCUCCGGCUCACUCAGCGCAGACGGGACCGUCCAGAGAUCAAGCUACGUAGACAUAUCUAAAACUCGAACCCCCGCAAGCCAUGGAGCUCUAUCAUAAUGCAGACAAUGCCUUUUUAAAAGAGAAAAAA